AUCUGUUAUUUUUUAGGACACAGUAACCGCGCUGGCCGCUCUGACUAAUUACGGGGCUCUGUACUCCAAAACCAGGGACCUGAACAUCGAGGUCAGCGCCGGGGCGUUUUCAAGAAAUUUCUUGGUCAAUGACAAUAACGCCAUGGUUCUUCAAAUGGCCGAACUUCCAGAUGUUGCUAGUGAGGUACAGGUCUCUGCCAAUGGACAUGGCUCGGCCUUGCUUCAGGUGACUGCAAGAUACAACGUAAAGUCGGAAGCCAGAGAAAAAUCGUUUAUGCUCAAUGUGACGAUAGUAGAAGAAACUCAAAACUUCUUGAAACUCAGAAUUUACAUGAGUUAUCUCAAGGGGAAAAUGUCUGGAAUGGCUUUGCUUCAAGUACAGGUUCCAGGAGGAUUCGAGGCAGAACUUCAGUCACUGAAGGAUAAUACUCUUGUUAAAAAAGUGGAAAUGAAAAAACGCAUCGUCAAUAUUUACUUUGACUCGAUUCCGGGGGAUCCCAUCGUACUUUACGUUGACGUCCCAAUGUCCAGAAAUGACUUGGUGGGAAAAACACAACCUGCUACCGUCAAGAUCAUAGAUUACUACUCUCCUGGUAACGAAGUGUUGACUACCUACCAGUCCAGCAUUCUGAAUCAAUUAGAAGUUUGCGAUCUUUGCGGUAAAGAUUGCAAAAUAUGCUAAAGUUGAGAAAGAAAUCACAGAAUCUCGAAUGGGCAACCCAGUGUUAAGUCCACCAAAGAAAAGACUUGAACCGUACAAAAGGCAGAAUUGCUCCAUAAUAAAGACAUACGUGAUUUCUUGCAACACUUUUAAGUUAAAAGCUUAAGGACUUAUUAACACGAUGUUUAAAACAUUAUUUGCCAUGCAGUUUUGACUCUUUCACUAAUUGCUAAAA